AUGUGUUUCGAAAUGGUGUCGAAUGACGCCGAGGCUAGUCUCUGUGACCACGGCGCCCAGAUUCCCAGACCGGCAGCUGCCAAGGGGAAAGGAGGAUGCCUUUGCUUAAAAAUGCUUUGUGGCUUGUUCCGCAUCGUCCUCAUCACGCAUGCGGCUUCUCUGGCUGGAGCUUUCCCGAUGCGGCGUCUUACCGAGCUUGGUGCACGGAGUUCUGGAUCCCCAGUGCCCUUGCUGGGUGAUGGUUCUCCGGUUGAUUGGUGGUUUGCAUUCAAGCCCACCGCGGAAGCAUUUCCCAAUUGCUCCUCUCAGCUCACAUGCGAAUUCGGUGGUGACAAAUCAGCUUUCAAGAGCUGGAGCUUGCAAUAUGUCCUCGCUUCGAGCAAGAGCGGAAGGACCACAGCCAUGAGCCUUCACUCGGACUGCUUGGGAAAUGGAGCUGACCCUGUGUCAAGGACCUUCGCUCAGGUUUAUUCCGGUAUCGCAGCGAACUACGUCAUUUGGAAUGACCAAUUCUAUGGUGACCCGCUGCUGAACGUAAAGCCGAAGUGCGGCAGAGUCUGCCCUGCUCCUUGGGGACACAGCAAGGGAGUAAUGGCCUGGGGUGAAGACGGAACAGGCUUUGUCAUGCAGGUGUCCACGCCAGACUGGCCAGGCUCUGGCUCCAAGUCCAAGACCCGGAAGCAAGGCAACACGCUUGGAUGCUGCCAGGCUGACAACAUCAGGGUGGCGCAGCACUUCUUCGCUUUGCGCCUCGCCACGAGCUAUGACACCCAUUUGGUUCUCCAGGCGUUGCAGCGAGCUUCUGUGGCCACAGACCCCAGCAACAAUCAGUUGGUGAAGCUGAGCAGUGGACCGGCUGAUCUAGCGAGCUUGGCCAAGCAACUUGGGGUUGUGCAGCAGGUCGCGGAGCCGUUCUUGGCAACGCUGAGUGUGAAGACGGCAAGGAGUCAGAUCCGCCUUCUUGGUAAACCCUCGGGGCUGCACGUGCCACCUUGGCACAUGGUAUCGUCCCUCCUAGGCGGCCAACCGCUGCGCACUGCCACCUGGUGGGACAGACCGGAGAUCAACUCCACAAGAGCCGGAUUUGUUCCAGGAUGCUGGAGCUCGCACUUCAAGUCUGCGCCCGGUGAAGUGCAGGUGGCCUUGACCGGACAGUGGAAUGGCGAGAAGUUCAGCCUCCGUGGCAACCCGAGUUCUAAUUCCAAUCAUGCCAAGUUGGGGGUCAGCCUCUCUGGAACGAAGCUGGCAGUCCUGGGCGACAUGAACGAGCAGGGAAGCCUGGGCAUGCCUGGUGAUGAGCCCUGCUCCGCUUCCCAGAACGGCCGGGGCGGCCUUUUCUUUGUCGUGGAGGACGAUCAGCUCCACACCGGGCUCUCAGCGCUCAUGCGUGGCGAGACAGCUGACUACGUCGGGGGGCAGCUCAGUUGCACGUGGCCUGCUUUCGGGUUCCUGCUCCUGAAGCAUGGAAGCUUCGAAAGGCUGAAACCAUAA